AUGGCUCUCUGGUUUCUGUUCUUAUUCCUGACCUUGACUUUCGGCGUAGUUUCGGCGGAGCGCUUUGAUGAGUACGUCAAAGAUGCCCAGAGGGAGAAACUGUUUACGCAGAGCGGCAACGACCAGUUGCGGGCAGCUGUUAAAAACGUCGAGGAGCAAAACGAGGAUAAAGUUGUGCUGUACCACGUGUUGCCGCUGAACGGCUACCUGAUGGCUUGGCUGGUGCAUGGCAUCACGGCCAAAGAGAGCUUGCAGUGGCAGCACACACCGGGCGUUUCUACUGAGCUGAACUUCAGUCUCCGCCACUUUGAACCUGGCAUGAGCUUUCCGUCCUUCGCACGGCACGAUGCAUCCCUCUGUCUUGGGGGCCACAAUAGAAAAGUGCGGGAGGCCGAUCCUAAGACGGCGAAGGUCCUGGGCGAUGGUGAUUGGAGCAACUACUACUUGACGGAACCCUACGAGAUCACAUACAGCAAGACAUCAAAGGAAUAUUAUGACUGCCACGCCCUCGUGUAUUCUGAGCUGGUGGAGGACAACAACAAGAAUGGCCCGCUGCUAGAGGAAAGAGCCCUGGCAAAUGCGCAUGUCCGCACGGCCAAAGAAUUCGUCGAAUACUUGGAUGCCAAGGUCAGCGAGAGGUGGCAAGACACGCCUUUCCCGAACUCCUCCGCAGGGAUGACGACAGUAGGUGUCCAGGACAGACUCCUCGAUGCACAGAUCAACCUGCUCGGGCGCGCGGCUCUCGGGUCGAAGCAAGACGGAACACCAAGCAUGUGGGCUCAUUUCACAAUCACGGAGCGGGUGAUUCAAGACUUGACUGCGGACCAUCUGGCAAAAGAUGAUGUCUGGCCAGAUUUUGGGGACAGAUCACCUUUACUUGAUCAAGUUCUUGACACCUACAAGCUCUCGACAGCGACACUCCAGAAGGUUUCCAACCUGCUGUCCUUGCUGCAAUGCGCAGCACAGAGGCGUUUUCCCAUCCACCAGCAGAACUUCUAUCUGAGGACUCUAAUCAUGAGCGAUUGCUGGGAAGGAGAUCGCCAGCCUUUCCCACCGGACCUGCCCUUGAUGAGCCUUGAUGAUGUGGCAAGUAAGCGGACGAAGGACGCGACCCUGGCCCUGGAAACUGGUGGCCUACCAGAGACGCGGGGCUUCUCGAGGGUCCUCUUGCAAGUGGUGCUGCCGCCGCACGUGGCCAACGACCUGGCCUAUGUCAGCACAGACUGGUUCGAUAAGGAUGGCCCUCCACCUGGCCACCAGCAUAAGGAUUGGAGAGAUGUCAGCUUCAUGGAUGCUUACAAAGCGUUGAAGAACACGGCGCAAGGUGACGAGGUCACGGCACGGGUGCUCUUGAAGCGGGACUGGGGUCUUGCGCCCUCCGAUACGACAGAGUCCGUGAAGAUCAUUGCCACCUCCAUGGUCUUUGCCGACUCGGUGUUUUUGGAGUUCGCCGCGAGCGUCCUAGAGGACAUCCGAAACUACGUGCUGCAGCACCCAAGGAAAAAAAGAGAGGAGAGCUCACCGUGGCCAUCGUGGCUCCUCAAGGUCGUCGUGCCGGUGCUGUCUCUUGGGCUGCUGAUGGGCUGUCUUGGGUACAGGCGCCAUCACCUGAGGGCAGCAACCCCACCGAUGACAGAUGUGGAGCUUCCCGAGCAUCCAUUGCGGCCCUAG